GAAGGCGUCUCCAAUCUUUUUUCUUCUCCAUUAUUUUUUCAGGGGAAGGGGCUGUAGCUCAGUGGUAGAGAAUCUGCUUUGCAUGCAAAGGCUCCAGAAUCCAUUGCCAGCAACUCCAGGUAUGGUUAACUAUUUUCCCUGCCUGAAACCCUGGAAAACCUCUGGUGGUCACUGUAGACAAUACUGAACUAGUAGAUGGACCAAUGGGUCUGAUUCAGUAUAAAGCAAAUUCUGAUAUUCCUGAAGAGUCUCACCAAAAGCACAACAGGAUCAAAAAAUAAGCAAAUGUUCCUUUUAAGGUGCUGGCCCCACUGCUUAAAAUUUUUGGUCCUCGCCAGUUUAUUACUUAUUGUGAUGAUUUUAAAUGCCAUUAACCAUAAUAAACAUCAGUUUGCCAUUAUUCUAACAAUUUAAACUUGCAACCAUGAACAGUGCAUACACUAUACCUUUAAAGAACAUUCAAAGCACUUUCUUUCCCUCAAAGAAUUCUGGGCACUGUAGUUAAAGCAUUACUGUGAAUUUCAAAUAUGCAUUCUAGUGUAUACAGAGCAUCUCUACUAGAAAAUGCAGUUUGUGUUCUUCAAGCAUAGAUCCAAAUCGGCUAUUGGACAAAUCCUCUCAAAUCCAACAGCCCAGCCCCCUACUUAUGUUUUCAUAGAAUCAUAGAGUUAGAAGGGACCCUGAGAAUCAUCUAGGCCAACCGCCUGCAAUGUAGGAAUACGCUUUUGGCUUGACUUGGUAAGUUCUGCAGUGCUGGCCUCUAUUAUGUGGCAAAAAUUUGCAUCCCAUAUUUUGACAGCUAGCUGUACCAAUGCCUCAAUUUUUAAAGACCUUGCAAAUAGGCAGUGUUGUGGGCAGGGCCAGCGUGAGGACUGCCUGGCUCGCUGCUGCCGUGCCUCCGCCAUGGGCACACCCUACCUCUUCUGCUACCAUGGGUGCCCCUGCCGACUCAGGGGCUCCUCUGCUGCCUCUGCCUCAGGUUUGCCCCACCCUCAGCUCCUCUGCCAUGGAGGAGGCAGCCAGGGUGUGACAGUGGUGAGCUGCAUCAAAUGGCGAAGCGUCCCAGGCCGGCCCUAUUUGUGAGAUAUGUGUGUACCAGAUUGCAGGUUUCUGCAUGGCAUAGAAGUCUUUCUAAUCUUUCUGGCUUCAGCCAGACAAAGUGAGGCGGCUGCCUCAGGCAGCAAAUUCUGAGGGGCAGAAAGUGGUUGCAAAAGGCAUGUCAUGUGUUCUACCCUGCAGCUCCUAAGCUAACUUGCUGCCCUGGGGUGAACUGGGGGACUCUGCUCCAUCAUCAGUGCUGAAGUAAGACUCAACUACCAGUCUAGUCAGUUUUUGUGGAGAAUGUGCCACUUUGUUCUUCGCCUCAGGCAGCAAAUAGGCUUUGGCUGCUCCUGUCCUGGAGGAAUGCUUUAUAUCCCGUUUCUAACAUCUCUGGGCCAAUCUAGACAUAAUACCACCAAUAACAAUUGCACAAAUUGCUUUUUAAAAAGUAAAUUGCAGAUAGAGUAGGACUGUGUGCUGAUCUGGAUCAGAAACCUGACGUGGGGUAGGUGGAACUCCUACUUCCAACAUGAUUGGCUGUCUAAACUUCCAAGCUGCAAAUCAUAACUCAGAGUUUAAGGGCCAAUGGCAGAGGCCCAAAUCCUGAAAUGUUCUGUGACUGGAUAUCAUGUAUUGAACCAGAACAUAGGAGCUCAGAAUCCUUAGUCCAGACUCAAGCUCAGGCAAACACAGACCACUGAAUGCAUAACACUAUGGAAGUGCCAUUAACCAAUUUUGCGUUACGCCACACCCCCAUGGCAGCCCUUUUCUGUUAUAUCACACAUCCCAUGGCAACCAUUUUAUGACUCACUCCCACAGCGCAUUCUUGAAAUCUCAAAUGCGCCCACUGGUCCGAAAAGGUUUUACGUUAUAUGUUGUCUGUGUAUUCACAUACAUAUAGGUUUCUUUGGGCGACAAGGGAAGGCUACUUUUGAGAUCCAAACCUUGCUCAUUUUCUUACCUCUAACUUACUGAUGCCUUCUGGUAUUACUGUAAGCUUGGUUCCCUGGUCUUGCCCCAUGUACAGUUUCUCCAGCGAUCCAAUUGCAAAUAUUUCUUCCGGGAACGAGGUGAACUUGUUGCCGGUCAGACUGAGGCAUUUCAGCUUACAAAGCCUGAGCACUGCUGGAGAUAGCUUCACACACAAUUUAUUGAAACAUAUAAAUAUAGAGAUUUCUCAAACUGCAACACUCCACUACAAGUCAAAGAAAUGAGCAUUAUUAUCCUCCCAUAGCAGGGUACAGAAAGCUGGGUGCAAAUCUUCUUGUGACAAAACCCCAAACUCCUUUUAGGACAAGAAGUGGGAGUUCUGCUGUUUGGGAUUCCACCUGCAAAACUACACACACACCCAACUGUCAGUAUAUUCCAUGCCCACUGGGCUAGUUUUGCGGGAUGAGUGUCUCCCCAGAUGGCUUCUCCACCACCACAAGACAUUUGAUUGCAAUUGGGCAAACCUUGAGUUUCCCCACAUUUCCCUAAUUCUUAUUGUUUUAUUAUCUGCAUGAUUUAUUUUUAUGUACACCACUAAUCAUAAAGCGAUAAAUAUAUAAAUAAGAAUGGCUGCUGAUAGCGGGACCAGCAAUGGGGGAACUUAGAUCACUAUUAGUAUGCUGAAGUGGGACAUGCAACAAAAUGUUACAAAAUGGACUGCUCCUGUACAGAAUUCCAGCUAGCCAGCUGUCUCCCUUUUCCCCCAUUAUUGGCUCCCCCUGAACUUAUACACAUGCAUGCACGCAAGGAGUGCCAGCUUGGCCCCGCCAUUGGGGUACCUGGGGGCAUUGGUACCAUGAGCAUGCAUGGCCCUUGCACAGAAAUUUGUGGGUGCCCAGCCCCUUCAGGGAGUUGGUACCUGUGAUGCACACACACUACCAACUGUCAAGUCCAGGGGUCGGCAACCUAAGGCCCAUGGGCCACAAUCAGUCCACAGGGGUCGUUUAACAAGACCACGAACCGCCACUGAACCGAGCCGCCCGCUCGGCGAGUCCCCGCACACUGCACUAAACUGGCGCAGCACAGCACGGCGCCGGAAAUCGCCCAAGCCUGCAAAUCCUUAACUCUGUGAAGAUGAAGGUUGGGAAGGGCUCACCUGAAUCUCUAUGAGGAGCCCCUCCCACAUAGAUGGUGCUGUAAUAAUAGAGUAUCUCAGAGUCUAAUUGCCUGCUUAGAAAGCCAAGACUGACAGAAGUUCAGGAAGUGGAUUACCUGGAUUCAGGUAAUCCGGAAAAUAAACAGGCAUGCAAACAUUAAAGAGAGAUUUCUAAAAGCAGUUUACAAUUUUUAAAUUAUAAACUCCUUGGUGUAAGGCUUUUUCUUCUUCUUUUUGCUUGUAUCACUCUGCAACACUGCUCCAGGGAUGCUAGCAUAAUGGCUCCACCCAUCCCAGUGAGUGACAUCUGGACAUUUGUCUGCUGCCAACAUGUGUAGUUUUGCCCUGGUGCCCCUGCUUUUUAAAAUAAGGUUUUAACUGAAUUUCAAUUACCUCACAUAGUAAGUUGUCAUCAAGUAACAACACUUCCAGAUUUUCCAACGAACAAAUCUCUAUUGGAAACACUUCUAGGAGAUUUUCACUUAGAUCUAGUAUUAUUAAGCUGGUUAGCUUGGCAAAAGAAGGAUGCAGCGCUUCCAGGGCACAAUUUUUCAAGUAAACCACAAUGAGCGACCUCCAGCGGCGAAUCUGGCGCGGGAAAGUUGCCAGGCUAUUCCGAGACAUUGAAAAUUCCUUCAUCUCUGUCAGUUCCUUAAAAGAUCGUGGAAGUUUGCGCAGGAGGUUACUGGACAAAUCAAGCACAGAUAGGUUUGGGCAUUUACUCAUUGUAUCGGGUAAAGAUGCUAGGCUGUUAACUGCAACAAAGAACUGGGAUAAUUUUUGCAGGGAGGAAAUCUCUUCUGGAAUGAGGCUCAGACUAUUUUCUUCUAGAUCUACUAUUUCUAAAUUAGAGAGUUGAAAAAGUUCUGGUGGGAAAUUUUCAAAUUUGUUCUUCUUUAGAUAAAUCUCUUUCAGUUUGGUCAAAUUGACAAUUUCCUUGGGAAGGCAAUUCAGAUUGUUACUAGAGAGUCCCAGCAAUUCUAGAUGAUGGAGGUGUUUGCAGAUUUCCACUGGAAAUUCAUCCAGGUUGACAUCAUAUAAUCUAAGCUGGCAAAGUGCCCUCAAUUUACUAAUGAUAUUCAGUGAACUCAGAGGGAGUGGAUUACUGCUUAAAUCCAAGCUCUGAAGACUUUUCAGUUCUCCAAGUUCCUCACAUAGGUCUUGUAUGUUGUUCUUAUUCAAAUAAAGGACUUUCACAUUUCUAAGCCGAUUUAUACUUUCUGGGAUACUAUUGAUUAUAUUUCUCUCCAGAUGCAAUUCCUCCAAGUCUUCCAGUUCAAAAACCUGCCAUGGGAUGGUUUCCAGUUUUUUGUUGGCCAAAUCAAGAAAAAAGAUGCGGUCUGUGAUCUGCACUGGCACAACCACCUCCUCUUUGGGUUCUUCAUCUGCCAACCUUUCCUCUAUUACCUCUUCAACACCAACAUCAGCACGAACAUCAACAUUAACCUCUUCUUCUGUCUCUUCUGCGUCAUCCUCUUCCGGAAUGGUGGCCCAUUUUUCAGAGAGUUGGGACACUAUUUCAGCGGUAACAAAACUCUUAGAGGUAGCAAUCAUUGUAAACCUAGUUUUGGCUGCAAAAAAAAAAGUGGAAUGAUAUUGGAGAAAUUCCUUUAAACCACAUUUUAUGAAGAAUAAACAAAAUAUGUUGUUUUCAUUCAUAAAUCCCAACUAUUUCUUUAGUAAGGGGCAGUAUAAAUGACGUUUAGGAUAUGCCGCUGAAUCCAGGAAGAUUCAGGUAGGAUUUGAAUCUCUUCCCAAAUUCUGGGGAUGUUGUGCUUGAACUAGUGUUGUUGUGGGGAAAUGGUUCUGCGAGAAAUGUAGGAGGAAUUUUUGGCACUUAACCUACUCUUGAGCUGAAGUAAAAGAAUCUAAUCAUGUGAACUUAACCAAAUCAAGAUUUUGGGGUUAUAUUAUUACAUGCUCCCUACUUUGCCUAGCAGUGAAAAGUUCCAAACUCCCUGAGUUUUUGUUUCCUUGAGAAGGGAGCAUUUUUGUAACAUUGGAUGCCCCUCCAGGUGUCCUGUUUAUAGUGCACUCAUGAUAAUUUGUGGUCAUGAAGCCAUUGAGGUAGUUAUAUGCAAUCCUACUUUCAAUAUCGUCUGUCCCUACAAGAGUUUCAGGGUGGAUAUAUUCUGCUUUAUUUCCGGUCAGUGCAGGUCCUAUAGCUUCCUGCUGAAAUUCUGUAAACAUUUCAUACCACAAAUGUGUGUGUUUUGUCUUGCUUUUGUUGCAUAAUAGUGCAAGAGUUCCCCUCCAGACAGCAAUAAUCCAGUAACAUUGGGGAAACAUCACAGAUCCCAAAAGGAGAGAUGUAUAUACCCCACAAUGCCUCAACUUUCAGCUAAUCUCCAAAUAUCUCCUAACCAUUCGCUCACUAUCACUGAGGAAAUGUCAGCCAACCAUUCUGAACCAUUAACUAACAAAGGAAGGCCAACAGUAAUAUUUAGUAGGUUUGUUCCACAUUGUGACUAGCAGAAGAGGAUAAAUUAUAAAGUAUAUCCAAACAAACGAGCAAAUAAAUAAAUAUUUUUUCUUUACUGAUAUUGUGAAUGAUGAGAACUUGAAUCAAGAAAAAAGAAAGUGGCUUCUGAAGCAGUAUACCUACUUUUGAGCCACCCUACUGUAUAAACAUAGGGACGCAGGGGGCACUGUGGUCUAAACCACAGAGCCUAGGGCUUGCCGAUCAGAAGGUCGGCAGUUCGAAUCCCCGUGAUGGGGUCAGCUCCCAUUGUUCGGUCCCAGCUCCUGCCAACCUAGCAGUUCGAAAGCACGUCAAAGUGCAAGUAGAUAAAUAGGUACCUCUCCGGCGGGAAGGUAAACGGCGUUUCUGUGCGCUGCUCUGGUUCACCAGAAGUGGCUUAGUCAUGCUGGCCACAUGACCCAGAAGCUGUCUGUGGACAAAUGCUGGCUCCCUCGGCCUAUAGAGCAAGAUGAGUGCUGCAACCCCAGAGUCAUCCGCAACUGGACCUAACGGUCAGGGGUACCUUUACCUUUACUGUAUAAAACAGCAAACAAUGGCAAGAAGGAGGAGGAGGGAGCAUGGCUGAUUGCAAACUUGGAAUGAUCUUCAAAUAAAUUUUGCUCGGAGUAGACCCCACUGAAAUUAAUGACCCUGACUGGGAUCCAUUAAUGUUAAUAGGUCUUUUCUGAGUAAAACUUAAGUUGAAUGCCACCCUUUUUUGAUUGGGAACUGCAGUUUGUUAAGGGUGCUGGGAACUGUAGCUCUGUGAGGGUUAAACUAUAGUUCCCAGGAUUCUUUUUGGGGGGGGGAAGCCAUGUGUUUUAAAUGUCUGAUAUGGAUGCGACGCUGGGAAUCGCUGGCAGUAGCAUCCAGAGGUUGUAUUCCACCCCAGUUUCCCCUAACGGCAGAGUUUCUUCCUGAAUUCUGACCCAACUGUCAAAAUUCAAACGGAGCGAAUGUGAUUCGUUCACGUACCUCUGAUGUCAUAAAAGUACUUGGGACGGAUGGCUGUGUCUGAUAUUCAAUAGGCAGGCUCCGAUAUGAGAGGAAAGGAGAGCUGUGAGGAGGAGAGGCUGAUGAGCUCACAUUUACCUCAGAUAUCAUAAUAAUACCACCACCACCACCAUGGACAGCUUCCUCUUGGAGUUGGCCUCAACCUCCCAGGUAACAGUAAAAGCAGGGGCGGGGUGGGGAGCUGUAGGGUCGGAGAAAAAUUAAUAUAUAGCAACCAAAUUGCAUCCUGGCGGCGGCAUAAUGACUGGCAGUAUGGUGCAGUGGGUAGGGCCUUGGCCCACGGAGACAUUGUCUAGAUCCUGAAACUCACUGUGGCAUUAUGUAAAGUUGUGUUCUCCUAGCCUAAUCUACUUCACAGGUUGGUUUUGAGGUAUAUGUACCACAUUCAUUUCCUGGGAGGAAUGGGAGAAUAACCCUCCAUAAUGAGAAGGCGUAAUCUUGUUGUUGUUUUUGCCUGAAUUCCUUGCUUGUACAAAGCCUCCAAGCAGCCUUGCAUCUAGCACCUUGAAAACAGGUCCAGUUAUUACAAACAUGAAAGAAAGUUUUACAUGAUUUAAUGUGAUCUUUUAACAGCUGACAAUGUAUUACACGGGAUGCGGGUGGCGCUGUGGGUUAAACCACCGAGCCUAGGACUUGCUGAUCGGUCGGUGGUUCGAAUCCCCGCAGCAGGGUGAGCUCCUGUUGCUCAGUCCCUGCUCCUGCCAACCUAGCAGUUCAAAAGCAUGUCAAAGUGCAAGUAAAUAAAGAGGUACCGCUCCGGCGGGAAGGUAAACGGCGUUUCCGUGCACUGCUCUGGUUCACCAGAAGCAGCUUAGUCAUGCUGGCCACAUGACCCGGAAGCUGCAUGCCAGCUCCCUCGGCCAAUAAAGUGAGAUGAGCGACUUUUGUUGGCUAUUUUAUACCUCUUGUCCAGGUUGUCUCAAGGGCAGGUUCCUCUGUUUACCCAAACCUAAUCAUACUACUGAACACAAAUAAUUAAUUAGCAUACCGUUUAAUGCCAAUACAGGUCCAUGUUGGAGGCACAAACGGAUCUGUAGCAGAUCCACUCCAUACAUUUAAAGCAUAUCCAAUUCACAUUUUAAAUACAUGGCUUCCCCCAAAGAAUCCUGUGAACUGUACCUUUCUGCUCACACAGCUUUAAGCCCCAGCACACUUAACAAACCAGAGCCCCCAGGAAUCUUUGAGGGAAGUUGUGUGCUUUAAAUGUGUGUUGGAUGUGCUUUAAAUGUAUGGUAGGAAUCUGUGCCCUGGUGGCUGGCUUUCAUAGCUUUGCAGAGGAAGAGUCCCCAAUCAGGAAGAUACAUCCUGUGUCCAAAGUUUUGUUGUUUACCAGCUUCAUAGUAUGUCUUCAGAUUCAUACUACCUUGCAAGCAUCUCCUGCUGUUUUGUCUAGAUUUGCCUGGAAUUUUAUAUUAACAGCUACAAGCUAGGGCAAGGGAAAGAGGAAAAAUUAUUCAGUGGCCAAGAAUAAGUGGCUGCAGUGGCUUGCACAUCAUUUCACUCCUGCUUCCCAACAAACAGAAGCAUCAUUAAUAGUGCCAAAUAAAGAAAUAUGGACAAACGUGUUAAAUUGGCAUAACUUACAAGGGGGUGCAGUAUUCAGCUUUGGACUUGAAAGCACAGCCUGUAACCAUCCUCGGUUGUCUUUGCACAGCAGACCCCCAUCUAAAACAGGGCAAUAGUCUGCAACAGUGGGUUUCAAACUUUUCCAGAGGACUGACUUCUUUGAAUGUUUAUCAUAGAAUCAUAGAAUUGUGUGUUGGAAGGGGUCCCAAGGGUCACCUGGUCCAGCCUCCUGCAAUGCAGAAUUCCUGCCCACAGCCAUCCCAGGGUGGGCUCAAACCGCCAACCUUCUGGUUAAGAGCCAGACAUACUAGCCCACUGCACAACCCAGGAUCUCUAUGGUUCCUCAAUUUGAAAAUAAGUAACUGUGGACAAACUUCAUGAUGGGCACCUCGUCUGUCGUUACUGAUAUUCCCUUGCAAGUGAUGCUUAGCCCCAGUGCAUGAAUUCAAUGUGCUCUGUGGGAAUAGUUCACAGAACCUUCUGAAGAAUGUAGGGUAGACAGAGGUUGCUGUACUUCAACUUCCCUCAGCCCCAGCUGGCAUGGCCAAUGGUCAGAGGGAUAAGGAGAGCUGUAGCCAUACUGGUGCCAAAUGUAUUGCUUUGAUUUCCUUUGGACCACAUCAGCCAGGCUGGCAGCAGGGUCUUGUUGUCUAGGGCUAGGCAACCCAGGGCCUCCAUACGCACUGCCCAGGCUUGCACUCCACACAGGUCACUUCAGGCGCUGUGAUUCUCCUGCAGUUCGACUUCCCUCCCAUGGUUUCCAGAGACAGACGGGUGCCAACAAAGAAUGUUCAACAGCAUCUGGAGGGCAACAGGGUUCCAGUCCCAGGUGCUGGGGCUCAAAAUCCAGCCCUUUCAGCCUUGCUAUCUGGUCCUUGGGGUUCUACCCAUUCUACACUUCCUCCCGAGCCACACCGCUCACCUGCCCUGCUUUGCACAAUCAAGUAUAUUUGACUGCUUGGAAUAUUUAUUUAGGGGAUAGAGAAGGGCAUGCAAGCUUGAAGAAACUAGCCUACUGGGUAAAAAUCACAUUUGCUGCUUUGCCCACUUUUCCAUCUCAUCCUACCCCACCCCCUGCUACGUGCCCCCCCAACCCCGGAGGGAAUAGGGUACACAGCGAGAAAAAGGCUAGUCACCCCUGCCCUUGAAAGUCUUAAGGGCAUGGCCCCAGCCCUUUAGGCGUUUUAUAGCAUGAGUAGUUUGGAGGUCAUCCUCUCUCUCAACCUCACAUGAGCACUUCUUGCUAACCUCAUCUGCGUGGGCACUAGCUGUAAGGUAAAGGUAAAGGGACCCCUGACCAUUAGGUCCAGUUGUGGCCGACUCUGGGAUUGCGGCGCUCAUCUCUUUCUUGGCCAAGGGAGCCGGCAUACAGCUUCCGGGUCAUGUGGCCAGCAUGACUAAGCCGCUUGUGGCGAACCAGAGCAGCACACGGAAACGCCAUUUACCUUCCCGCCGGAGUGGUACCUAUUGAUCUACUUGCACUAUGACGUGCUUUCGAACUGCUAGGUUGACAGGAGGGGCACUAGCUGUACUAACUCACUAAUAAAGGAAAGGCGCCCUUGUACAUGUUCAGGGACACCAUUUAGCUUUGCUUUCCAUGUGCUCAGAUGCCACCAACCUUUGCCAAAGGAAAUGCAUUAUGAAGGAAAGACGUCUCGGAUCAAUGAACAUAAGAAGCUGCCUUGUAAUGAAACAAAUGGUAGAUCUGCCCCAGUAUUGCUUGCCUUGGCUGGCAGCAGAUCUACCAUGUUCCAUACAACGAACAUUUCCAAGCCCUACCUGGAGAUGCCCGGGAUUGAACCUGGGAUCCUCUGCAUGCAAAGCAGAUGCUCUACCCACUGAGCUAUGCCGCUUUCUCAUUAUUUUGCUAAUACUUUGCAUGCUUUGCAAAGGAGACCCGGGGUGUAGGCGCGCUGUGGUGCUUUACUGAGUUCCAACGGAGCCCGAAAUCAGGCGGUCGCGAGGCCCUCUUACUAGUUGCCUUUGUAGGGAAAGGCGGGUGGCGCGAGGUCCCUUCUUACCCGGGAUCUUGUACGCUGAAACUGUAGGGGCGCAGGCGCAUUCAGGAAUCCCCCGGGACUCAGGCGAAAAAAGAAGCGCGUGCCCAGUCACUAUAGCAACCGCGAUCGGGGCGGAGUUGGUUGUCUUGGCGCGCGCGCUCUGCAAAAAAUAAGAAAAUAAAAAAUAAAUAAAAAGCGUCUCGGUGGCAACAGCAGCAGGAGGUAAGUGGCGCAAUUGGAGAGGGUUGCGGUCUUAAUCCUGGGGUUUCACGGAUCCCCAAAGGCGCGAUGGGUGCAAGGCUCUAGGCAGCGGUGCCCUCACUUUUUGCCCUACGAUCGACAAAGCGGAAUUGGAUUUACAAAAAGGGAUUAUUUUCCUUCAAGCAGUGUCGGUGUGCAAAAUCUGUGCGAGUUUACUUAGAAGUACUGUACUGCUUUUAGUGGGGUUUGCUCACAAGCAACUGUGCAAAGGAUUGGCUCCUGUGGGAUUAAUCUGAAAAUCGUUGCCACGCGGAAUUCCAGUGAAGUACUGUAUUAGAACGCAGGGCAAUGUUUUUAGUUGGGAGCUGCUGUAAAUUUAUUUUCAGGUUUUGGGUGGGGAUUAAGGAGAGGAGAUGAUGGGGGUGUCUGUCAUCCUGUGGGUGGCAUCAGCUGACAGAAAGUGACCUGGUCCUCCCUCCCUCCCUGACAUUUAAACGAUGGGUGCAUGGUGAAAGGGUAUUCCCACUGCUUCUGUGUACAGAUAGGGCAAAUCCUGAUUGAAUGGGGAAGGAUACAAGCUGGUAUCCUGAUGCUGAAGACGUUAUUGUGUGGAUGCUGGGAGAAAACUUGUGUGCAUGAGCAGCACCUGUACCACAAUGAACAUUUGUCUGGAAAAAUCCUUUGUCAACAGGGUAUAUACUCCAAUUGAGCCCAGGGCAGGCAGGCAGCCUGAGCCUUUUGCUUGGAAGCAAGUACUACUCAGCUCAAAGGGAUUAACUGGUAUCAUAUGACCCCCCCAGUAGUGUUCCUCCCGCUCCUCCUCCUUCCAUGCUCUAGGUGUAACCCUGAACAAAACUACUUAGAAAAAAAUUCCACUGGAACCAGCUUAUGUGCUUCCAAACAAUUGUGUUUAGAAUUGGUCUGUUAGCGUUUUGUUUUGAUGGAUGAAGAAGCAGGAGUUCCAACUUGAAAAAAAUAUGGGGGGGGGAACAAGUAAGCCCCACCCCACUUAAUUGAUCCCAUGACACAGUAGACACACGCUGUUUGAAUGGCAAUACCCAUCAACUUUGAUGGGGGGGCAGCCCCUUAAAAUAUUUUAUUGAGGGGGGAGGAAGGGACCUUGGCUCCUAUGUGAAGAAGGAUUGGUAACUGGAAGCAGCAUUUGCCUGGUCAGCUUCAGGGUUACCCAACACGGUGCCCUCCAGGUGUUGGUGACUACAACUCCCAUCAUCCCUGGUUAUUGACCAGGCUGACUGGGACCCACAAGGUAUGGAUGGCACCAUCUUGGCUACCCCAUGCUUACUUCCUCUGGGGUGAUUAUGCCCCUGGGUGAAGCAGUGGGCGUGCACACAAAAUAACUCUGCCGCCAGGACUUUAAUGCCCAAUUUGUAUGGGAGAGAUGGCACUAAUUGGGCUGCAUAGAAAAGCAACUCCCUUGUUACGUCUUAGGGAAGGGAGGGAAACUGCAUUCUCUGUUGGAGGCCGCAUGUUGGCAUGGGCAGGGCCACUGCAUUCUCUCUCUCUCUCUCUCUCUCUCUCUCUCUCUCUCUCUCUUUCUCUCUCUCUCUCUGAAAGCGCCUCCUAAUUUGUCUUUCUCUCUGCCACUCACCAGCCUCCUUUUGCCUGGCUGGAAUGUAGCCUUGAACUGUGAUAAUACCUCUUGCUCCCCUGGAUGUAGAACAGAGAGGGGUGUGUGAGCAUGUGUAAAAAUUAGCCUACUGUACAAAGGUAAAAUGUACAUUCAUUGCUCCACCUACUUUUGCUGCCACAUGUGGCCUUUGGAAACUUGUGCAGAAGGAAAUGAGGCCCUGAGGCUGACAGACGUUUUCUCCUGCUGCUGUAUGCAUUGUUAUUAUUCUCUUCAUACAUGAUGUGUAGUCAAUUGUCUCCCCCCCCCUCAGGUAGAUACUAUGCCAAAAUACAUAAGCCUUGACCAGCAAUAUUCUCUAACGUGUGAAGAACUAAAACACCCUGAGAACCCCUUCAUAGUCCGCAUUCUCCAAGAAGUGAAGCAGGACGAAGAAACGUAAGCGAAUAGUUACGUUGUGGAGACUAAACCAAUAUGAUUUUGAACUGUUAAGUUGGGCUUUUAUAUGCUGUGCUUUAAAAUGCAAACAUUAUAUGCUGAGAUAAAACCAAAUUCUGCAGCAAUUAAGCUGGCUUCUGCAGUCAGUAAGUUGUUAUUAUUAUUAUUAUUAUUAUUAUUAUUUAAUUUAUUGGUUGCUUUAUGUUGCCCAAGGCAACCCAAAGCGACUUACUACCAACCAACCAAGCAAAACAAAAAAACCAUAUAGAUACAUUAUAGAGUAUGCAAAUCCACAUUGUCAUUAUAUAAAUCAAUCACUGUCUACUAAAAGUUUUAUUGAAGAGGAGCUUUUAUGAGUCCAGAAGUACCGUAUUUUUCGCUCCAUAGGGCGCACCUAGUUUUUUUGGGGGGGGAAUAAAGAAAAAAAAAUUAUUUCCCCCUCCAGCCCCAAAGAGCAUAGAAGCCAAGACAGCCAGCGGGAUCCAUCCCGCUGACUGUCUUGGCUUCCUCUUUAGCCACGCACAACCUCUCCAGCCAAGAGAGGCUGCGCGCGGCUUCGUUUUUAGCCGCGGGGCUGGGACAGGGGAAGCCCGAGCUUCCCCCGACCCCAGCCCCCAGAACAGGUCCAGGAGAGGAGGCAAGGUUGCGCAGCCUUGCCGCCGCUCCCGGAGCUUGCGGGCUGGGGGAGUGCUCCAAAGGUUUGCGGAUAGCUGCCUGAAGCCCGGGGAGCGCAGUGGGAGUUGGCACUGCGCUCCCCGGGCUUCAGGCUGCAGGCUGCUAUCCACAAGCCUUCAGAGCCCGGUGGGAACUCCCGCCGCGCUCCGAAGGCUUGCGGAUAGCUUCUUGCUCUCUAGGCUUCAGCGAAAGCCUGCAUUCGCUCCAUAGGACGCACACACAUUUCCCCUUCAUUUUUGGAGGGAAAACGACAGAUAGCUAAAGAAGAGAAAUAAAUUGAUUCCAAUGUUGCCUUCGGCAUUCUAAAGAAACAGAAUAUCUGAAAAACGAAAGUAAUUUUCCUUUGUUGGACUUGCUUUAAAAAAAAUGGAUACAAACAGAAAUUGUCUCCUCUAGAGGGAGCUUGCUAAAUUGUUGCUGCAGUCUACUUGAGGACUCUACAGCUGUCAGAUUAAGAUCGUGGGACCAGGCCUUUUUGACCUUGACUAAAUAUGAGCUGGGAGGAAGUUUUGGUGCUUGCUUUAUGCAAGACAAGUGCCUUGCUGGAACAGAUGCAUGAGAAGAUGGAUUUGAUGAAUGAGAAAAUGGAUUUGAUGACUGUUGUGGCUAAUAACUGUGGACAAACAGGGAAUAUUGAUACAGAAACUAUUCAGGGACCAACUCAGGAACCUGCACUGAUUGGGCAAGUGCAGAAGAUAAUGGAGGAGGUUGCGGUUGCACCUCAAAUAAUACAAAUGGAGAGACCCGAGGCCCUACAGGAGCAUAAGCCGCUGUCUUUGAAGUUGGAGUCGGCCAGGGGGAGUCUGGAGCUGAGGAGAUUCUUAACUUUGGAGAGACCUCGAAAUAUGUUCUUAAAUAUUUUUUGGACUACAUUGAUGACUGUGGGGAGUGGGACUCUGGGGAAUGGGCUGGUUGGAUGAAGGGAGACGAAGAUAAUUUUGGGUUGGAAUCCCCCAGAGACCUACUCCCCAACGAGAAAGGAAAGAAACUAAGAAAGAGACCAACAAAAGACAAGGAAAAGUGUAAGUAUAAACAACAAGAAGAAGAUCUGCAGAAGGGACAUAGAAGAGACUUAAGGGCCUCGGACAUUAGAUUACCAGGUUGAUGGACUAGAUGGAAUGGACAGUAAGGACUGACACGAUCCGAGACCAGGAAGAAGAGACGCUGGAUGAAGAUUGGAAGAAAAUUUAUAAAGAAAAAUUUUUUUUCUAGGGAAUUAGCCUAAAAUUAAUGAACAUUAGGGAAAAUGUUGGAAUGAAACUAUGUGGAGGCGUAGUGUGGCCCCAUAGAUGCGAAAAUAUGUCUUUGGAGGAAAGUGCGAUGGCGAAAAAUAUGGUAAUUUUUGAAGCACUAAGAGAAACCAAACCACAACAACAAUCAACUUUCCCAUUUACCUCGUAACAGGUUGAAAAAGAAAAUCACUAUAAAAAUUGCUGGAAAUAACCGCUUGAUACCUGUGCAGAAGGUGACAGAUGACGAUUUUCAAAUCCUGGCUACAAUUUUUACAAAUAAUAUGUUUCUUACAGGUAUGUCUUGUUUUUAUUUAAGCCUUUGAAAAGCAGACCAAUUGAUAGUUUUAGUUCCAUUCUCUGCCCACUUCCUUUGUCUGUCUUUUCAUAUGUGCAUAUUGACAAAUAUUCAGCCUUCCAGGGGGUAAGCUACUAACUACCUUAAGCUACUAAUAUAGGCAUUUUUUCUCUGUUGCUUAUUCUGUUCUGUGGGUGAGCACUGAAAACAUUCCUUAUCACACCCAUGCCUGCACUUAGCCCAGGGUGGAGGACUGAGCAAACAAAGAACCAUCAAGAAUCUUUAUUUUGGAUUUGCAACCUGAUCCACAGAGCAGUUUUUGUGCACAAGAUCCACUAUAGAAACUGCCUUUCAGACUCACAUACCCCGCUUUCUCUAAGCCAGGGUUAGGGAACCUUUUUCUUUUUUCCCCUCAAAUUUUUUUAUUGAUUUUCCAAAAAGAAUUUUAACAAACAAACAGACAGACAUAAAUCUCAGCUGUAUUUGAACCAAUCUUAGUGACAUUGUUAAGUGACUUCCUCGAAUCCCCCUAGUUGAAUUUCAGUGUAUAUCAUUUUAACAGUUUUCCAAAACCAAUUUUCUCAUAAAAUUAACUCAAUCACUUAACAUCUUUCUUUCUUUCUAUUUUAGCUUUAAACAUAUUAAUUCCUAACAUUACAUAUUUAAAGCCUAAGCCUAUCUGAUAAUUACAAGCUUUUCCAAUUAAGUUAUCUUAACAUAUUUUACUAAAUAGUCUUUAAAUUUCAUCCAUUCCUCCUGGUACUCCUCCUCCUUCUGGUCGCAGACUCUUCCAGUGAGGACGGCUAGCUCCGAAAAGUUCAUCAUUUUCAUCUGCCAUUCUUCCACUGUUGGAACUUCUUGUGUUUUCCAAUUCUUAGCUAAAAAAAUUCUUGCUGCAGUUGUGGCAUACAAAAAUAAUUGAACAUCUUUCUUGGGCAAUUCCAAACGUGUUAUUCCAAGAAGAAAGGCCUCUGGUUUCUUAAUAAAUGUAUAUUUCAACAUUUUUUUCAGUUCAUUACAAAUCUUCACCCAGAAGUCUUUCACCGGGAUAGGGAACCUUUUUCAGCACCUUCUGAGGGCCACUUUCCAAGCCUCUGUUUUUAGCGCUAAUGGAUCUUCCAAGCCACACCACUUACUGGCCUUGCUUUGCAUCCUCCUUGGGUGAUUUUGCCUGGCUGGAAUAUGCCCUUGAAUUCUGAUAAUGCCUCACGCUUCCCUGGGUGGAGAGUAGAAGAGGCCAUGCAAGCGUGUGGAGCAUGUGGGUGGAGCAAUGAGCAUAAAUGUUACCGUUGAACAUUUAUAUUCCUUGCUCCUCCCACUGUUGCUUCUGGGCAUGCAGCCCCUGGAAAAUUUCCCAGAAGCACAUGUGGCGCUCAGGUGAGAAAUGGUUCCUUACCCCCUGCCCAAAAAAGGAAGAAAAGAGUAUUACCUCUUGUGCAAUCGGGGCUUUUUUCAGCCGGAAAUUGCUGGAACUCAGGUGGGCGCCAAUACCAUUUUAAGAGAAGAAGGGAAGUGUUCAUGGUGAGCUCUGCUGCCUCUUCUUCUAGGAUGUAAUUAAUAAUAAUAAUAAUAGUAAUAAAUUUUAUAUACUGAAAUGAAACGUGGUGCAGACACAACCUAAGCGGCAAAUUUCAUUAUGAAAUAGCUCAUUGCAUGGUAUCCAGAGCCUUGGAUACUGAGAGUUGGUUUUCUUCCUAUGAAUUCUCUACAGAACAAACCCAGGGCUGGAGCAAAAGCCAGCUUUUGUGCAAACAGGACAUGGGGCAUUUUGCCAAGGGAGGCUUAAAUCACCUUUGAGUCUUUCCCAUCGUUACUUAUAUUAGCUGCAGGCAUUAUUUCAUGCUGAAUAGACAAAGAGAGAAGAGCCACCUGCCGCAUGAAUGAGUGUUCUUCCCUGGAGAAGGUUUUGCCUUCAGUUGACAAGCCCAACUGAAGCAGGAAGGGUGGACUUUUUUGGCAUUAACUUGUAACCUCGAUUUUCUGUGUCAAUUGCUCCGUUUGUGGGUGGCACAAAACGCAGGGUUUGCGGCACAAAAUGGCACUAAACGAGCACUAAACUUUGGCAUCAGGUUUUUUGGGGGGCAAUCCAGAAUUUCAGGGUCACACGAUAAUGAAGCUCUGUUUUUUGUCCUCCAGUGACAGUGUCCAACCUAUGAGGGUUGCAUAAGUGGAAGCAAAAGAGAGGUUAGGUUUUAUAUUCACGUUAGAAAACUAAAGGAAGCAAGAGCCACUUUAAGGGCACUUACAGACCGUCACUAUUUUCGGGUGGGAUUCAGUCACAUCACGCCAAAUUCAGCGCAUGCAAUUACAGUUGGUUUGGAGGUACUGUGCAACAAACCUGCUUCUUUAAAAGACGACUUUUGUACUCACCAUGCAUUUAAAGCAUAUCCCCCCCCCAAAAAAAAGAAUAUCGGAAAGUGUAGUUUAUUAAAGGUGCUGGUAAUUGUAGCUCUUUGAAAGGUAAACUACGGUUCCCAGGAUUCUUUCUUUGACAGUUAUCCUAAGUCUCAUGUAUGGAAAUGCAAUUACAGUAGAUGAAAAGGUGCAGAGAAUUUGAUGGCUAAGAUAAAAGGACUGGGCGAAAAGUGAUCCAUUAAGUUUAACAUGGAGCCUGCUUAUUUCUGUAUUCCUCGGCUCUUUCAGGACUUGACCUGAGAUAUAACCUUUUGAGUGAUGCUGGCGCAGUACACAUUGCAGCUUUCCUUCAGGUACUUCUUGCGGGGGUGGGGGGUGGGGCUAAAUGAUAUUUGUGAAUUUUGUAGCUGCAAUUUGUUAAGGUGACCUUCUUCCAAAAGUGAGCUUUAUACAUGUAACUUUCUCCUGCGUUCCUUCCAGGACAUCGUUUUGGGGGGGGGGGUUUGUAAAUCGUUUUUUAAAAAUUUAUUUUAAAUAAGAAAAGCGAGAGAAAUACAAACCGUUCAGGUAUUAUAAAGAACUUAACAGAGUUUAGCGAAAUGCAGGGCGACUUAAUCAAUGUCAUUGGUACGGCAUUGCUAUGCGCAUCUCAGACUCAGAGCACGGAGAGGUUUCUGGGGUCCCGCUGCCUGCCUGGAGUUUGGUGUCCUUGGAAUGAAGUGUACAUCCACUUGGGAAGGGCAGGCUUUGCAGUUUUCAGAUGACAAGGCUUUGGGUAGAAUGGGAAGGAAGGGUCUGGCGGAACCCACACAUUGACAGCAAGGUGAAUUUCCUUGUAUUCUAGGAUAAUCAUACUCUGCUGUACCUGAACCUGAUGUUUAAUGACAUUGGUACCAUGGGAGCAGAAUUCAUAGCUAAAUCAUUGCAUGUAAGUAUUGUUCAGCUGGAUAAGAAAGAACACUACACGAGUUUCCCCUUUGAAGCAAAAUACUUUGGAACUCAUAAAUCAGCUUGCAGAACUACCGGUAAAUUGUAAUGCUUAAAGCUGCAGUCAGAAGCAUAUUUAUUUAGAAUUGCCACUGAGAGCAGUGCUUUGGGUGUAGGCUGUCUUGGUUUAAGAAAAUGGGGAUCAAUUAGGUAAACCACAGGCUCCCUCCCAGGUGUGGGAUUAUUUAACACUAGUACUCCCCCCACCACUCGGCCCCUGCUGCCCAGAUAUGAUUCUUAAGCAUGUUACAGGAUUGUAGCAGUAGCAGGUUAUUUUUUUCAUAGCAAUAAACAGUAUUCUAGGAGAUAACCUAUUUCUGUGAGUUUAGAUUACGGUUAUAUUGGAAAUAAUUGACUUUUCACACCUAGAGGAAUGAAACACUGCUUCACCUAAGAAUGACUGGCAACAAGAUUGACAACAAGGGAGGAAUGUAUUUUGCAGCAAUGUUGCAAGUUAACAACACUUUACAGAAGUUAGAUUUGGGAGACACAGAUCUGGUGAGUAAAAUUGCCAUUUUAGGACAUGUCUACAUGCACAGAAAUGUAAGCCUGUUUCAAACAUAUCAUUGUGAGUUUGGGGGGACAAAAUGUAAUCUUGCUUGUAGAUGGAGGGUUUACUCAGUGGGAGCUAAAUGCACCUGCCUUACUCUGGAUUGUGUCUUUUGUCUUUUAUUUCCAGCGCACACAGAGUCUCAUAGCAUUAGCAACAGUUUUGAAUUACAAUAGUGCAAUCAAAGCCAUAAAUCUAAAUCGGCCAAUACUCUACAGCGAAGAGGUGAGCAACAUUUUGCAUUCUUUCCCUUGAAAUGGGGAGCCAAGAGCCAGGAAUGAUGCAUCAAAAACAAGCCUAGGGAAUAAGAAUAAGCAUUGACAAAGCUUUUCAACACUUUUAACAAUAACAGCUAAAAUUCUCUUUCUCUCUGUGGCUGCUGAAAUGAAGAAAACUUGGCAGGGAUGGGAACAAGGAAUAGAUUUUUGUGUGAGAUGGCUGAGAGCUCAGUUGAUAUUAAAGACAAAUUCUCAGAGGCAUCCUUUAUCCUUCUGUUUGAAGUGUAUAUCUGCCCCACUGUGCAAACUCUUGGCUCUAAUGGGUGGAUCUUAGAGAUCUAGAAACACACACACAUCCAUCCCACUAGCCUGACAUCCGUCCACCCUUACUGUAAGGUAAAUGGCAGAAAGCACAUUUCCAAAAGGUUAAACUAGGCAGCAGAAUUUUCAAACCCUAUUGUCUGUAAGUAGUCUCCAGUUCUGCUUUUCCCCAUUCCUUAAUAUAGAUGUUAUUGUUAAUCUCAGCAAGAGUUGUUUUGUAUGCUCAGGUGCAGUGCAAGGGGAUGCCUUCACAUUCAAUUAAAUUAGCCUUGGUUCAGCAUAAAGCAGGAUCCUAGAGUUAGGUGUAUUUGAAUUUAAACACAGGGCAACUCCACCUCCAAAUACCUUCAUGCUGUGGGUAGCUAGUUAUAAACAGAGCUGGUUUGCACAUACUGUAAUGCUAUGCCAAACUGGCUUAGCAGAGAUGUGCAACCAUGCAGGCUCCUGGAAAGGAGAUUUCGGCUGCUUGGCUUCUUCUCUGGCCCUACUGAUGCUAUUCUGCUUUGAACUAAGCCAUGGUUUGUCUAAGUGUGCCCUCUGAACCCAGGUUCAUGGUUUGUCUCACGGGCCGUCAUCAAGGUUUGUUCUAUUAUCAUGGUUUAUCUGGAGCAACAGAAUACAUGAGCCCUGGUUCAGAUGACGCACUAAGCCAAACCAUGGCUUAGCUCAGAACAGUGUGAGAGCACAAGGACUGGGGAAGGGGCACAGCUGCCACAAGCUCCUCUCUGGGAAUCUUCACACAUUCAAGCUAAGCAAUGGUUUGGCUUAGCAUUACAUGCUACAUGUUCACACAAUAGAAUUUGGUGGAUGGAACAUACCUGUCCUGUGGAGUAAAGCAAAUGAUAAUGUGCAUCACAUCUGCAUUUAUCCCCAUAGAAGUGACCAGAUGUAUUUUGUAAUGUGAGCAGGGUACACAUCCCCACUGGCUCUAGAACAUCUUAUGUUCAAGUUGUAAUUCAAUAAUACGGAACUUUAGGAAGAGACCACGGUCCACACAGCCCUCAUGUUGAAAGUCAACUGCACUCUUGUUGAACUGCAUUUGUGUAAACACGAAAUGAAGAACUUUGGCAUGGAACGACUGUGUGAUGCAUUGUAUGAAAACAGCACCCUGCGGUAUCUUGAUCUCAGCUGGUAAGAGAAGCUUGAGUUAUAAAGAUAGCAUUUUAGCUAUUAGAAUGAUAUGCAGUGUAUGAAAACUGAUGCACUUGAUACCUACUUCUCAAAAUAAGCUAAGAUCAAUUUUUAACUGUUUCAAACAAAUGUACUUGUAUAUACAGUCAUACCUCAGAAGUUGAAUGGAAUCCGUUCCGGAAGUCUGUUCGACUUCCAAAACAUUCGGAAACCAAGGCGCAGCUUCUGAUUGGCUGCAUGAUGCUCCUGCAGCCAAUUGGAAGCCACAUAAGCCGUGUCAGACGUUCGGGUUCCAAAGAAUGUUCGCAAACCAGAACACUCACUUCUGGAUUUGUGGUGUUUGGGAGCCAAAACGUUCAACUUGCAAGGCGUUUGUCAACCAAGGUACGACUGUACAAUGUUUAAUAAUAAUGCUUAAGAUUUAGAUCAUGCAGUUUAAAUAUGCAAAGUGCUUCACAUACAUUUUUCUGGUACUUCUUGCAGCAGGCCAUUUUGCAGAAUGGAGGGAGCAGGGUGAGGCUGAGAGAAUAAUGGAUUGCCUAAUGCAGGGGUGGGGAACCUUUGGCUCUCCAUAUGUCUCUAAAUUACAAUUCCAUCAGCCCUAGCAAGCGAGGCCAAUGGCCAGGGAUGAUGGGAGCUUGUAGUUCAGCAACAUCUGGAGGGCCAAAGGUUUUCCACACCUGGUCUAAGGCCACCUCAUGUAUUCAUGACAGUAACAGGAUUGAACUGGCAGCUCCCCAGCACAUGCUCUUAAUUAAGAUCUGGUUUUAAGUCCCUGUAAUGUGGUUGGUGGUUUUAUUGUAAAUAUUUGAUGACUGUUCUUGCUCAGUGCUACACAUACAUAGUAUUUUAUUUUGCAUUUGGGUUUUUAUGCCAGUUGUCUCUUAAGUUUAUUGUGGCUUUAGUAUGCUUUUAUUGUCAUGUUUUUAUUCACAUUAUUUGUACAAUGACUUCAGCAUUUAUUUUACAAGGCGACUGAUAAAUAUAAUAAAAAGUAAUGCCCCUUAACAGUUAUAAGAAACAAGAGUUUUGUGGCACGGCGAAGACUAGCUCACUUAUAGCAACCUAAGUUUUUGUAGAACAAAGUCCACUUUGUCCUCUGAAUGAUGUUUCUGAACAAAAACAAAUGUGUACGCUUGUCUCUUUUCAGCAACAAAAUUACUCGGGAUGGUAUUAAAUUUUUGGGAAAGCUGUUAAAACACAACGCCACCCUGGAAAUCCUGGACCUUAAUUUUAACAGGAUAGAGGACGAUGGUGCUUUCUAUCUGAGUGAGGCCCUUACUACACAUAAUCGGACUCUUCAAGCGUUAGUAUACAGAACUCCUAACUCCCGUAAUGCAUUACUGUGAGCGCAGGCAUUUGGAUAAGGCAGCACAGAAUUUUCGAAGCAAAAUGGCCCAUACUUCAGACCAAAAUGUGUCUGCAGUAAACACAACAGUGACCCGUGUGCCUAUCUGGGGAAGCGGUUUCCAAUCCAAAAGGCCCACCACAGCAACUUCUGUUACACUUACCUUAAGUUCUUGGGUCACUUGUGCAAUCGGAGCCUGCAUGGGGGGGGGGGCUGUCUUAGAAAUUUUGGGCAGUAGUCAACUAUCGAGUCCCAUCAGUGCAAGGAUUUCUGCUUGCGCGUUUAAGUUUGCCUUGAGAUGUAAACUGAAUCAAUCUUCUUCCUCAUCCCUGCUGUGAACCCAGUAAACAGAUAUAACGGUAGAUCAGGAAAAGUUGAAAACAGAAGAGAACAACUGCUUCAAAUCUCAAAAACCAGCAGCAGAGGGUUUUCUAGUCACGAAGAACAGGACACCCUUCCUCUCUUGGGUUUGCUAGUGGGCAGGAAGAAGCAGAGGCUGUUAAGGGAGGAACUGUGUAGACUUCAUGGCUGGUAGCUGCUGGGAGAAAAGAAUAGAGUGACUCACAUAUAUGGAUUUGUGUAAUUUAUGAUUGCUUGGCUGUCUGCAUCUACUCUAUGACCUUGGGUUUUUUGCUUAAAUCCUUCUGUUCUCUAGGCUGGCAGUGACAAACAACAACAUAUCUGGGAAAGGACUGGUGGCCCUUGCAGAGUCAAUGAAAACAAACCUAGUUCUUUCCUAUAUCUACAUAUGGGGGAACAAAUUUGAUGAAGACUGCUGUGUGGUACAUCUGUUGUCUUCUUAUGAAAUGAAAUAGCUGACAUCCUUCUAAAUCUGUAAAAAAAAUAGAGGAAGAGGGAUUUGGAUUAGAAAAAUAAUGCUGUGGUAGUGGUCGGUGGAGGGAGGGUUUGAUCUCCCUCUCCCAGUGUUGCAGCCACCCACGGCUGCAUUUCCCCUUAAAAGAACAAGGAUCUCUUACCAAGAGAUAUCUAUCUACCCUGUGUGUUUCAGGCAUUUGCAGAGUUAAUUAAAAGCGGUCGCCUGAAACCAACUGGAACAGAUGUCGAUCCGUAUGAAGUGGAUGGGAACACAUACUUUGCCGAAGUCUCCCAUGGCCUUAAGAGGCACUAUUACUGGACACCAAGUUACGGACAGCCUGAUAACCACGAUGAGAAUGCCUCUCUGGCAAUAACUCCUGUUGCAGAAAACUUGUAAAUGCCAACAUAUUUUUUCUUAAGCCUUGGCAUCUUGGGGUUGUUGUUUUUUUAAACGAUGUGUGCUUCAAACCUGCAACCAAUUACAUGUAGUUACUUGGAGAACUGAUUUUAAAAGGUUUUGAACCAUAAAUACUAUAUUAAACUGAACUGGGAAAGUGCUGGAUCCCAGUCUAGCGGCAGCUAAUUUCAGGUCCCAUUGAAAGCAGAACUUAAACUACUGGUGACUCCCUUGUUCCAGAGCUUUCAGUGAGUUCCAUAGGUUCUUAACUGCAUUGGGACCGUCAUGAGCAACACUUACUGUGAUAAUACAAAGCAGCCCGUAGAAGUGAUUUCAUACAAUUCAAACACUUAGAGGCUACUAAGGAAUGUUCAGUAGCUUGAAAGUAAGGCUCCUAUGCUAGGCAUGGUUCUUUGGAAAUAAAACACCAUAUAAAUCAACAUGAUGCCAAUGUAAGUGUUUUUAGGAUGUUUAUUAUUAAUAUUAACAUUUUUCUAAGCAAAUGAAUUCAUUGAAGCCGACUGUGGGGUGGGGGAGCAUGGGCAAGAAGGAAGUUGUGACAAUGCAGCAGUGCCAGGCUUAUGGCUCAUGACUUAACUGAGACACAGCAUUAUUUUCAAAGAAUAUAGGUACUCCAGGUAUUAUGAAUGACAAAUUUUGUUUAAAAAAUGAGCUACAUUGGGGGCGGGGCAGGGUAAUCUAAAUGAUGUUCAAUAAAGUUUGUUCUGAUCUGUUAA